UACAGGUUGCGCCGGUAAUGCUAGCCUUUGUAACUCACCCUACCGGUUGUGGAUGUCAUUCACUUUUCUUCUGUUAUAAUUUUAAACUCGUAAAUUGAUGCAAAGCUGAAUGGCAGUAGCUGCAUCUUUUAUAUAUCAUUGUUUUCCAACCAAUUCAUUCAAAUGAGACAUUAGAAAUGAGAGAAGGAUUUUGCAUUUUGUAGUACCGCUAUGGAGAAGCCUUGGAGGCUGUGGGGUGCAAUGGAGCGUUGCACCCUGACUCUAGUGUCUUGGUCCUGGGGUGCGUGCCGAGUGUCCCUUUUGGCUCUCAUCCUCACCUUCCACCUAUAUGGAGGUUUUUUCCUCUUAGCUCUCAUCCUCGCAUCUGUAGCAGGCAUCCUCUACAAAUUUCAGGAUGUUCUUCUCUACUUUCCUGACCAGCCUUCCUCCUCUCGCCUGUAUGUCCCGAUGCCAACUGGAAUCCCUCAUGAGAACGUUUACAUUCGCACCAAAGACGGGGUGAAACUCAACCUCAUCCUUCUUCGUUACACAGGAGGUGAUUCACCAUCAGGCGUUUCCUCUAACAAUCAGAGCAGCCCCACUUCCUCUGCUCCUCCUACAAUCCUUUACUUCCACGGUAACGCAGGUAAUAUUGGACACAGGGUGCCAAACGCACUUCUAAUGCUUGUCAAUCUGAAAGCAAAUGUGGUGCUUAUGGAUUAUCGUGGCUAUGGAAAAAGUGAGGGAGAGCCAUGUGAAGAUGGACUGUACCUGGAUGCUGAAGCAACAUUAGACUAUAUCAUGACCCGCCCAGACCUGGACAAAACAAAAGUGGUACUCUUUGGUCGCUCACUUGGAGGCGCUGUGGCUUUGCGUCUGGCAUCAGUGAAUCCUCACCGCGUAGCAGCCAUCAUCGUUGAAAACACCUUCCUUAGCAUUCCUCACAUGGCUUCAACUCUCUUCUCCUUCUUGCCAAUGCGUCUGCUGCCCUUAUGGUGCUAUAAGAAUCAGUUCCUGUCCUACAGACAGGUGGCGCUUUGCCGCAUGCCUUCGCUGUUUGUGUCAGGUCUGUCAGACCAGCUCAUCCCACCGGUUAUGAUGAAACAAUUGUACGAGUUAUCUCCUGCACGGACUAAACGGCUGGCCAUUUUUCCAGAGGGGACGCACAACGACACGUGGCAGUGUCAGGGCUACUUUGCUGCUUUGGAGCAGUUCAUAAAAGACCUGCUGAAGAGCCACGCCCACGAGGAAAGUGCUCAGCCCUCAGCCAGCGUCACCAUUAUCUAAUGAAACAGUCAGGAAUGGAUGAAAAGAGCUGAUUGAUCAAACAUCUUUGAUUUGUUUCGGGGUUUUUUUUUAAUGAAUUUAAUGAAUGAAUGUACAUUUACAAUGCUAUUGUUUGGGUUUUUGCUUUUAUUCCACUCUUUCUACUUUUCUGUAAAUUUGAUAUGCUAAAAUAUUUUCACUAUCCCAAAGCUUAAUGGGGUGGGGAUUUCUUAUGUUUCAGAUAUUAAUGGAUUUGUCUGUGAAGGAAGCCGGAGCAUAGCUGCUAAGGUCACAUGACGUGCUAAAGCCACAGAGUUUGCUAAUCUCGGUUUUUCUGAAAUGACUACAAAACAGCUGAUGUCCUUUUUAAAAGAACAUUGACCGUUAAGAACCCUGUGGUGUGAGGGUGAAAACUGAUCAAGAGACAAAAACAUCUGUGUCCUAAUUAUGUAAAUUAGAGUGCCAUGUAGAGGUAUGCUGUAAAUAUAUUUAUUAUGCUGCACUUUUCAGUUCAGAUUAAUUCAUCUUUUUUUGUGUGGGCCUACAUCUCAUGAGAAAUAAAUGGAGGAAUAGAAGGAUCCCUCUGAAAAAUGUUCAUGAAUUUGUCUACAACUUUAAAUUUGCCCUGCAACAUUAAAAUAAAGAGACGCUUCUGAACAUUUAUCUUUAGCUUGCAAAGAAGAAGUGGGCAGAAUUUUAAGGUGAGCCUGUUUCCAACUACUUGAUGAGCUUCUGUUUUCUCAAGAGUUAUGUUCUGUCAAAAUGCAGCUGGAUCUGAAUUGGUUUGAAUGCGUCUGGAAAAUUGUUUAUUUCUGAAAUUCAGUUCAAAAAGUAAAACUCAUUAGAUAUGUGAGUAAAGUCGUUAUUUAUUCCUGUUAAUGUAGUAAAUCAUUGAAAAUGGUCCAUAUAUGCAGACAAUAAUUGGUUGAGGUUCCGUUUGCAUAAAUUACAGCUGGCAAACAUUAGCUUUUAGCUUAUCUGCACCGCUAGCCCUAGUGUCUCCUCUUCCUUUAAAUAAUAUUGAAUUAAAUCUCUAGGUGAUUCACUUGCAGUCAAUCCCAGUGAUACCAUUGUUACUCAUUCAGUAUAACAAGGAUUUGUCGGCUACAUUUGACUACGUUUGCAGAUUUCUUGCACUACUUGGAAAAAAAAAAAUCAAUAUCUCACUUCUCCACAACUCUGGAACAUCAAUUUCCAAAUGAAAAGCUGAAGUGUCAGCGUAGCGGGAAAAUAAGGACUAUUCUUUCCUCUAAAAAAUUAGACCCAUGUGCUUUUUCACCUUAGUAGAGGUAGGAUACCUCUGGUAUUUGCUGCUUAAAGCAACACUUGUUACACAUGUAGUGGAAACGUCUGGUGGCCCGUGGGGCCGUGAUUAUAUAUUUUGUACAUCAUCUCUUGUCUCAAAACGGUCCUUUACGGCCUGUCCUCCUCCUGGAGAGUCAAAGGUCUGCUGGGCUAUAGUCAAGUCAGCAGACUUCUUCAGAUUAAUCUAUACAUAUGAGUUUUACUUUUUGAAUUGAAUUACUGAAAUUAUUUAUUUGAGAAUAUUCAUGAUGCGAUGCACCUAUAAAAACAGAUGGGGGUUAGGAUCAACUGAGAUUUGGUUGUUACUGAUUUGCUGCCAAAGCUUUGGUGGUUGGUUCUUGUGGAAAUCCUCUUGGCUUGGAAAGAAUGUCAAAAGAAAUUGGUUGAAAAUAAUUUGGGCCCAAAUAAACAGAUAUUUUAAUUCAUAGUUGUAAUAUAAUGAAACAAGUCAACAAUAUUGAGCAGUAGAAAAAACACCCAGUUAAGUAUCAAGAAAACUGUUAUCCUUUUCUAUUGCCAGCUGCUUGCUGGUAAUCUGCAGGGUUAUAUUUUCACACAAAAGUCAGAAGUACGUUUUUUCAAACUUUUGUUAAUUUUAUUUUGUCUUACACAUUUAGCACACUGGCCAGUUCAGCUGGGGACUUCCAGUAAUUGGCCGGUGCUUGUUCUUCCUCUUUAAAACAUACACUAUGUGCCACUUUGUGUCUCGUAUUAAAGUAUGUUUUUGAGGAAGGGAGUGCUCUAAAGCGCUGCAAAUAAAGUCUGGAGCAUUUCUAGUCGAAUGUUAUUAUUUAUGAGCUAAUCUUUACAUUUUAAUUGUUAAUUAAAAAACAUCCUGUCUCCAUGCAGUUGUGCAAAAAUGGCUUUUCUCUCUUAGGCAGGGCUUUUAAAUAGCUAAUUAACCUUUCCUUGCAUGUCUUCCACAGGAUCGAGCUAAAACCUGAGGUUUAAAAUGCAAUUAUUCGCUAUUGCUUUCUGAAUGCAGCACAUUGCACUGCAAUUGUUUUAAAGCCAUUAAAAUACUUUCAGUAGUUUUCGCUAAUAUUAGGUGAAAGGUUAAAAAAAAUCUGAUUGGCGCAGCUGAAAGACCCAGCUUAAAUCUGAUGAUGUUAUUACAACUUUAAAAAUCAUCUGCAGGCCAAAAUGAAUGUAGGGAAUGGUCUUGGACUAAAAUAUAUUGUUACAGAUUGAGUAUCAUCCCCCACGCUUUUUUGAUUUCUUAUCACUGGUUGCACUAAACAAUUUUCAGAAGAAGCAUUUUUUUUUUUGCAAUCAAAGUCAAGUUUUGUGAAUAUACACUUGUUACUUUCCCACUAAUUUUGUCUCAUAUUUACUAUCUAAAUAUAUAUUUUUUUCAAGUAUAAAUGAUAAAAUCAUACAUUUUUUUUAAGUUAAUGUCAUAACCACAUGUGGAUUCCUUUAACAAAAAUUAAAUUGUGAUUUUUUUCUUAACUAAAUGUCAGGUGUGCACACCAGGCAAUGAACAGAUAAGAAUGAUUGCUGUUGAAAAAAAGGGUUAUUUUUCAAGCUGGCAUGUGUUUACAUUAAGUCAUGGCAAGUGUCUUGAAUGAAACUGCAGUGUUGAAAUACUUUGUGUACAUGCACCUUGUCUUUAAACCACAACUUCACUUUAAAGAACCAUUGAUGAGACAUCUGAAUGAGCUGUUUAUACCAUUGAAACAAAGCAGUCGCUUUGACUGACUCUCCGUUUCAGAAUCAUGUCUUUUUCUAUUUUAACUUCUUUUGUAAGAACACAUUUUCACUUUCUAUUUUCUGUAUUGUGACAUGCAAUAAAUUGAUAUAGUCAAAUUUU